UUGAGAGUUGAUAAAGUCUCUACACAAUGCUGGACCUGAAUUGGUCACUGGCUCUUUCUUUAUAAGAUUCUGUCCCUCUCUGAUCGUUCCUGACACAAAGACAAUUUAUGACGUCUAUUCAUCCAACUUGUCUGAUUCACCUUCCAACGGCCCGAUUUUCUCUUUCUUCUGAAUCUUGUCUAUUCAGGUCGACUCAAGCCACGGUCAAAUACUCGGUCUUGGUCACUGGUCAGGGUUUGAACCGUCUUGGGAAUCCUCCAAUAACUUAGAAAUGUCCUCCCGCCUAGUAACUGUCACUCUUCAGGGAGCAGUUCUUGCUGCAUUGUCCAACAUCAUCGCACAAGGCCUGACUGCAUAUCAGUCGACAGUCCCAUACUCAUUCGAUUAUACUGCCUUUCUUCAUAUGGUACUUUUGGCCAUCAUUCAAACCCCGCCAAACUACAAAUGGCAGAUUGCAUUGGAAAACAAUUUUCCAGGCUAUCCUCCCAAGCGCCCUGCAACAACGGACAAGGACAAGGAUGAACGACCUCCAACAGAGGAGACGCAGAGUCUUUCUGUUACCAAUACUGUUAUAAAGUUCAUUCUCGAUCAGACAUUCGGUGCCGUUGUCAACAAUGUCAUGUUUCUCGUCGGCAUCAGUCUCUUGAGAGGUGCAGGUUUGGCUAACACUAUCAACGCUUUACAAAGGGACUUCUGGACGAUGCUCAAGGCGGGAUAUGCCUUUUGGCCCUUUGUCACUCUGACCAACCUUUUGGUGGUGCCCGUGGAGCAACGAAUGCUGGUUGGAAGUCUGGCUGGUCUUGCUUGGGGCGUCUUUGUAAAUCUGUUGGAACUGUAAUCCACGCUGAACUGGUCCCUGUCUUGUCAUGUCUUGGACACGGGCUGGGUCUAGAGUAUACUCGAUGCGUCAUAUACUGGGUAGCCAUUCAUCAUAACUUUAUGACUCAUGGGGGAGUAUAUAUCCGACCU